CUAUGGAUACUCCUGAAGAAGAAAGUGAUAGCAGUGAUGAAUAUCGACUUGAAGAGGAAGAGGAAGAAGAGAUACUACCAGACUGGAUGAUCUUGAAAGAAACAGAUUUUAGUAUACAAAUAUGCAAUUCUUCAGACCUUGAUAUGAGCACUUUCAUUCAGCGAGCUUAUGAAGAAAAUGUCGAAGACCAUAGAAUCAAUAAUUCUGCUAAUAGCAUUUUUGAUUACAGAACCUUAAAUGACAAACAAAAAUUGAUUCUUGAUAGAAUAGAAU